AUGGCUAUUCAAAAAGAAGUUCAAUUAGAUCAACCAAUUGAUCAUACUGCACCUCCAACUAUUUAUGGUACAAAAUUAAUACCAUCUUAUUCAAAUGCUGCUUUAAAUUUAACUGUUGAUUUCAUAAGACAAAAACAAUCUCAAGCAAAUCAACAAAUAAUAAGACAUCCUUAUACUAUAUUGGUUGUAUUAUCGGGUAUUUUAUCAUUUGGUUAUUAUAAAUUAGGAUGGAUGUAUUUUGUUGGUGGUUGGAGAAUGGUUAAGGCAAAUAAAGAUGAAUUAAUUACAAUUUUAGUAUUUGUUGCAAUGUUUUCAUCUUUAUUAUUUACUAUAUUAACAAAAUCAACUGAUUUUAUAAAAGAAACAAGUGAAAAAAUUGUUGAUGAAAAUAAAGAAAUUUUUGGUGUUGAUUUAAAAGAAUUUGCUUCAUUAAAUAUUAAUAAAAAUGAUAAAAAAACUAAAGAAUUAUUAUCAAAGGGUGAAAAUACUCAAAUUAUUGUUUAUAGAGAAACUCCAAUUGCUGUACUUUCAUUAGUUACCAAACCAGAAUUAUCAAAUGAUGAAAAAUUUGUCACUAAAAUUACAGGUUGUGGUGUUCGUAAAGUUUAUUAUAAAUCUGGAAUUUUAGAAGAUUUAAUAGAUUGGGCAAUUAUUAGAUCAAAUACAUUAAAUAAAAAUAAAGCUUCCAAGAUUAUUGUAUUAAUUGAUGUUAUGUCAACAGAUUAUGAUUUAAAGAAAAAAUUAAAAUUGAAACAAUUUAAAUUCUUGGAAAAAUCUUAUUAUAAUGAUUCUAAAAUUUUGAAAAUUUUUGGUAUAAAUAAUGAAGUUUGGGGAUUAAAUUUAAAUGUUACUAAAUUAGAUAAUGAAAUCGAAACUAUUAAAUCUUCAGAAGGUUCAACUGGUGUUAAAAAAUGA